GACCCAUGGGCGUCAAAGCAACAAGUGGUUGAAGACUCACCGAGGAAGCAAAAACAGACGCACAUUCAGACUAAAUCCAACGAAGAGCUCGAAGAACUCCGACAACGACGUCGGGCUAGACGUAAACGUCGAAAGAAGCGCAUGAGACGAAACACUGCAACCCAAUUUAUAUCGUCAUCUCGCAUCAUUGAUCCUUUGUCUAAUGAGAGUAUUAACCCUAAGAUGAUAAAGGCUGAGUUGUUGUCAGCAGUAGAACGUCUUGGACCUUCACUACCACCUAACACUCUUGAUCUACUUAUAGAUCAGCUAGGAGGGCCUGAAUAUGUUGCUGAGAUGACCGGAAGAAAAGGUCGAAUAGUCACAAGAGAAGAUGGUGAGGUUGAAUAUGAACUGCGACACGCGGGUGCCGAUGUUCCAUUAGAACUUAUGAACAUGGAUGAAAAGGACAAGUUUAUGAAGGGCGAGAAGAAGAUCGCUAUAAUAUCAGAAGCAGCAUCUAGUGGAAUUUCUCUGCAGUCUGACCGAAGAGCGCAAAACACUCGUCGUCGCGUCCACAUCACGCUGGAAUUGCCUUGGUCUGCGGACAAGGCUAUACAACAAUUCGGUCGCACACAUCGUUCCAAUCAAGUUAGCGCUCCAGAGUAUGUUUUUCUCAUCUCGGAACUUGCUGGAGAAAAACGAUUUGCGUCCAUUGUUGCGAAACGACUAGAAUCGCUUGGUGCAUUAACGCAUGGUGACCGGCGAGCUACUGAAACUAGAGAUUUGUCGCAAUUCAAUCUGGACAAUCGUUAUGGUCGUGACGCUUUGGAAGUGCUACUUAAAUCUGUCAACGGAGCGCUUUCUCCGCCAUUGAUUCCUCCACCAGCAGAUUACAAGCCUGGUGACUUCUUUCAAGAUAUGCGUCUGUACAUGGAAGGUGUCGGCCUGUUGGCGAAGCAGCCAAAUAAUACCUACACGAUAGAACGUGAGGCCGCGACGAUAUCUAAGUUUCUCAAUCGCAUACUUGGUAUCCCUGUACAUGCUCAAAACGCCUUGUUCCAAUAUUUCACUUCAAUUGUCGCUGAAUUGAUAGCACAAGCGAAAUUGGAUGGCACUUAUGACAUGGGUAUCAUGGAUUUGGGGACUGGUGGAGAUCAAGUUCGUAAACUGGAAACUCGCGUGUUUGUUGGAAGAGCAGAGAAGGGCGGUUUUCGUGUUGAAAUGCAAAAGAUUGGCGUUGAGAGGGGACUUUCAUGGGAUGAGGCUUACGCUUUGUACAAAGAGCAUAACUCGGAUGAGGAUGGCUUUUAUGUCUCAAAUAAUGCAAAUGGUGGUCGUCAAGUGGCUGUCUUGGUUUAUGGUAUAGGAAAGCGUCGUUUUGACAAUGGAGCACGAUUAUAUGCCGUCACUCGUCCCUCUAUUGGGAGAUCACCAAAACUAAUCACCAUGGCGGAAAUU